GCGUUUUUAUUUAUGAGCUCCAGGCCAGCCCUCCGCCACUCCGCCAGGACGGCGUGACCGCGCAAAGCCGCCGUGAAGUCGACAUGGGACGCUCCGCGGAGCCGCGAUGACCGAUGGUUCGGUGGGAAUAAGUCCGUGUUUUUGUCGCCAGAGAGGGAAACUCAAACCGAGGCUUGUUUUUGGAGCCCCGCCGCCGCCGCCGCCACCUCCAGCAGCAGCCCUCCUCUCUCCCCGUAGGAUUUGAUUCAAAGGCGAAAACCAAGAUGGCCGCCGAUUCCGUGCAGGGGGAUGCCAGGGGCCAAAUGGUGGCGGAGCGACUCGGCCUGGGACACAACCUGGACCUGUCUGACACAAUGGUUCAACAGAAACUGGACGAGAUCAAGGAACAGAUUCGCCGCGAGAUCCGCAAGGAGCUGAAGAUCAAAGAAGGUGCAGAGAACCUGCGUAAGGUCACCACAGACAAGAAGAGCCUGGCUUAUGUGGACAACAUGCUAAAAAAGUCUAACAAGAAGGUUGAGGAGCUUCACCAGGAGCUACAGGAACUCAAUGCUCACAUCGUGGUCAAAGACCCUGAAGAACUGCUAGAAUGCCCUCUGACCCCAGAUACCCCGAACAGCGAGGCGAGAAUGUGCACCAGCAGCAGCCGCCUGGCCGCCCUGAAACGGCAGAACGACAUUGAGCUUAAGGUCAAACAGGGCGCCGAGAACAUGAUUCAGAUGUACUCCAACGGGUCCUCCAAGGAUCGUAAGUUACUAGCGACUGCCCAGCAGAUGCUUCAGGACAGCAAGACGAAGAUCGAGUUCAUCAGGAUGCAGAUCCUCAAAGCCAGCCAGACCAGCGAGCUGAGCUUCGAGAGCAAUGAUGUAAUGGACAAGCCCAUCAUCAGCCCUUUGGACCUGCGGGUGGAGGAGCUGUGUCACCACGCCAAGAUCGAGUCGGCGGUGGCCGAGGGAGCCAAGAACGUCAUGAAGCUCCUGGGCACGGGGAAAGUCACGGAAAAGAGAGCGCACUCAGAGGCCCAGGCUCGUUUCAAUGAGUCCAGUCAGAAGCUCGACCUCCUGCGAUACUCUUUGGAGCAGCGCCUGAAUGAGUUGCCUAAAAACCACCCUCGCAGCAUCAGCAUCAUAGAGGAGCUGUCCCUGCUGUCCUCGCCGGCCCUCAGCCCCAGAUCGAGCAUCAUCUCCACACAGAACCAGUACAGCACCGUGACCAAGCCUGCAGCGCUCACAGGCACGUUAGACGUCAGGCUCAUGGGCUGUCAGGACCUCCUGGAAAACGUCCCCGGUCGCUCCAAAGCGGCGUCUGUCCCGCUGCCUGGCUGGAGCCCCAGCGAGACGCGCUCGUCCUUCAUCAGCCGAGCAAACCGAAACCGCGGCGUGAGCUCAAGGAACCUGACGAAGAGCGAGGAGGUCACCAAUGAGAUCAGUGCAGUGUUGAAGCUGGACAACACAGUAGUUGGACAGACGAGCUGGAGGCCGGUCAGCAACCAGGCCUGGGACCAGAAGUUUACAUUGGAGCUGGACCGGUCCCGUGAGCUGGAGAUCUCCGUGUACUGGCGUGACUGGCGUUCGCUCUGCGCCGUCAAGUUCCUGCGGCUGGAGGACUUCCUGGACAACCAGCGUCAUGGAAUGUGUCUGUACCUGGAGCCACAGGGAAUGCUGUUUGCUGAGGUAACAUUUUUCAACCCUGUCAUUGAGAGACGACCAAAGCUUCAAAGACAAAAGAAGAUUUUCUCCAAACAGCAAGGUAAGACUUUCCUGCGAGCCCCUCAGAUGAACAUCAACAUCGCCACCUGGGGCCGUCUGGUGAGAAGAGCCAUACCGACCGUCAGCACCAACUCCUUCAGCCCACAGGCAGCUGAGACCGGGCCCAGCAGCCUGCCGGGUUCGCCCACACCCAGCAGCGACCCGCUGGUGACCAAGCUGGACUUUGACAAAGAACCAACACCAGGACCCAAACACUACCCAGCACCUGACGACAUCCGAGAGCCGCUGGUGCAGCACAAGAUGCCCGACAAAGAGGAAGUACAGGACGCACUCGCCUCGUUCGACUUCCUCAACAAGAGGAACAGCAUAGCGAUGAAGCCAGACAUGGACGGCGUGGUGGAGCAGGACAUCCAGCAUCCAGACCUGGAGCUCACCGCCAUCCAGAAAGACGAGAUAAGGGAAGAAGAGCAGUUCCACUUCAGUCUCCAAGACUUCAAGUGUGUGGCGGUGCUUGGACGUGGACACUUCGGAAAGGUGCUGUUAGCAGAAUACAAAAGCACAGGAGAGAUGUUUGCCAUCAAAGCUCUGAAGAAAGGAGACAUCGUGGCUCGCGAUGAGGUCGACAGCCUGAUGUGUGAGAAGAGGAUUUUUGAGACGGUGAACAGCGUCCGCCACCCGUUCCUGGUGAACCUGUUUGCGUGUUUCCAGACACAGGAGCACGUUUGUUUCGUCAUGGAGUACGCAGCGGGAGGCGACCUGAUGAUGCACAUCCACGCUGACGUGUUCUCUGAGCCCAGGGCCGUAUUCUAUGCCGCCUGUGUCGUGCUGGGAUUACAGUUUCUACAUGACCAUAAGAUUGUGUACAGAGAUUUGAAGCUGGAUAAUCUGCUCCUGGACACGGAGGGAUAUGUAAAGAUAGCAGAUUUUGGGCUUUGCAAAGAAGGAAUGGGCUUCAGGGACCGCACCAGCACCUUCUGUGGCACACCAGAGUUUUUGGCUCCGGAGGUUUUAACGGAGACGUCGUACACCCGCGCCGUGGACUGGUGGGGGCUGGGCGUCCUCAUCUUUGAGAUGCUGGUUGGAGAGUCGCCCUUCCCCGGUGACGAUGAGGAGGAGGUGUUUGACAGCAUUGUCAACGACGAAGUGCGCUAUCCACGGUUCCUCUCCACUGAGGCCAUCUCCAUCAUGAGGAGGCUUCUGAGGAGGAGCCCGGAGCGCCGUCUGGGAGCAGGAGAACGGGACGCCGAGGAGGUCAAGAAGCAUCUGUUCUUCAGGAACAUGGACUGGAACGGGCUGCUGGCCAAGAAGGUGAAGCCGCCGUUCGUGCCGACGAUUCAGGGCGCCAACGACGUCAGCAACUUCGACGAUGAAUUUACCUCAGAGGCUCCGAUCUUGACCCCGCCCAGGGAACCCCGAAUGCUGAACUCGGACGAGCAGAACAUGUUCUCUGACUUCGAUUACAUCGCUGACUGGUGUUAGCUUCACCUGGACCCGCUCCGAACACACACACACAAUCAAACACACACACACACACUGUGAACCAACAAGCGCAGCAAUGACUGCAGCUCUUCUUCUUUUUAAAAACUCUUCUCUGCCCUGAAACGUCGAGGAGGAGCAGCGAGCUCCAUCCAUCCUCUGUGCCAUUGAGAAGAAAGUCCAGACGCCUCCUGAGGAACUUCUUUUUUAAUCCACAUGAAGAACUUUUUUUUUUUUUUCCUUUAAAAAAAAGAAAACAAAUGAACUUGUGUUGUUGGAGAGUGAAGGAGGGUUAGGGUUAGUCCUCCUGCUCGGACUCGUCGUCGUCGCGUCUUGUUGUCUGACCACUGAGAAUGUCUUCACAUGAACUCCGAGGAGACGGCAACAUCACAAUCAUGUUAUUCAGUGUCACUGUCUUCGUUUCUUCUUUUUUUUGAUGUGUACAGAUUAUAUUCAGUCCUAUAUUU